AGGCGCUCUUCGAGGCGUGCCGGGCUCCAGGCGCCGGGGAAGGUGGUGGUUUCGGGCAGCUGCGGCAGGGGUCCGCAUCUCGGGGCCGCCGUGGCCGCGACCACCUCACGUCCCUCGUCUCCUUACCUCCCGGAUCUGCUCCAGUCUCCGGAGAAUAAGUGUUGCUGAUGCCCCUUCGAUGUUUGUUAACGCGCUUUACGGAAAUGUAAAUUUUAAAAAAAGUUGAGGCAAGGAAUUGUUCAUUUUACUUAGGGUUAAAGUUUACCUUUAGGGUUAGAUUUCUAUUUUAGCCGAAUCUGUGUCCAGUCAGCUUCUUCUCGUUUAUUAUUUCCGGGGAAGAGGACUACUUGGCUUCAACCUGUGAUAACCGCUCCCCUUUCCUUUUCUUUUGCCCCCAGCCACAUCGAUUUCACCUCCAAAGGCCACUUUGCACAGGGCCGUAUCUCGCCUUUCUCCCAGUUCCCAUGCGACUUUCUAAAUCUUCUUUCCCCUCCGCCGUCACGCACCCGUUUUUUUGUCCCUUGGGCAGCAGUUGGUCUGCUGGACGCUUUUUUGCCCCAACAAAGUUUACUGAGCACCUAUUAUACGCCGGGCACCGAGGAUGCAAAGAUAAAGAAGGCAUUGACUGAUGCAACUUGGAUGAAUCUGGCCAUCUCCUAGGAGACUUGAAAGUUAAGUUUCUAUAAAUAAAUAAACCAGUUCUCUCUUGUUUGGAGCCAUGCUGAAAUUCCAAGAGGCUGCUAACUGUGCGAGUGGAUCAAUAGCCAUUUCCACUUAUCCAAAGACCUUGAUUGCAAGAAGAUAUGUGCUUCAGCAGAAACUUGGCAGUGGAAGUUUUGGAACUGUCUAUCUGGUUUCAGACAAGAAAGCCAAACAAGGGGAGGAAUUAAAGGUCCUGAAGGAAAUCUCUGUUGGAGGACUCAAUCCAAAUGAGACUGUGCAGGCCAAUUUGGAGGCCCAGCUCCUUUCCAAGCUGGACCACCCAGCCAUUGUCAAGUUCCAUGCAAGUUUUGUGGAGCAAGAUAAUUUGUGCAUUAUCACGGAGUACUGUGAGGGCCGAGAUCUGGACUGUAAAAUUCAGGAAUAUAAAGAAGCUGGAAAAACCUUUCCAGACAGUCAAAUAAUAGAAUGGUUUGUCCAGCUCUUGCUAGGAGUUGACUAUAUGCAUGAAAGGAGGAUACUUCAUCGAGACUUGAAAUCAAAGAAUAUAUUUCUGAAAAAUAAUCUACUUAAAAUUGGGGAUUUUGGAGUUUCUCGACUCCUAAUGGGAUCCUGCGAUCUAGCCACCACUUUAACUGGAACUCCCCAUUAUAUGAGUCCAGAGGCUCUGAAACACCAAGGCUACAACACAAAGUCGGACAUCUGGUCUCUGGCGUGCAUUUUAUAUGAGAUGUGCUGCAUGAAUCACGCAUUCACUGGCUCCAACUUCUUGUCCAUUGUUUUAAAAAUUGUGGAAGGUGACACACCUUCUCUCCCUGAGAGAUAUCCAAGAGAGCUGAAUGCCAUCAUGGAACGCAUGUUGAACAAGAAUCCAUCACUGAGACCAUCUGCUAUAGAAAUUUUAAAAAUCCCUUACAUUGAGGAACAACUACAGCACCUGAUGUGUAGAUAUUCAGAAAUGACUCUGGAAGACAAGAAUUUGAAUUGUCAGAAGGAGGCUGCUCAUAUAGUUAAUGCCGUGCAAAAAAAGAUCCACCUGCAGACUCUGAGGGCGCUGUCAGAAGUGCAGAAAAUGACACCGAGAGAAAGGAUGCGGCUGAGGAAGCUCCAGGCAGCUGAUGAGAAGGCCAGGAGGCUGAAAAAACUUGUGGAAGAAAAAUAUGAGGAAAAUAACAAACGAAUGCAAGAAUUGAGAUCUCGGAACUUUCAGCAGCUAACUGUUGACGUGCUCCAUGAAUUUGAUGACCCAACUUCAGAGAACCUGCCUGAGUCUCAGCCUGUUUCUUCCCCGGACCUCAGCGCACUUGACUCAAGUGGAGAGGACACCAUAGCUGAUCUUGGAGAUCAUGAAAUCCCAGAAGACCCACUUGUGGCUGAAGAGUAUUAUGCUGAUGCGUUUGAUUCCUGUUCUGAAGAAAGUGAGGAGGAGGAAGAAGAAAUAGUGUUCUCAGGACCGGAGGAAGAGGUCAAGGAUGAGGUGCAACAGCCAGCUUACAGAACAAACCAACAGGACAGUGACAUUGAAGCACUGGCCAGGUGUUUGGAAAACGUCCUGGGUUGCACCUCUCUAGACACAAGGACCAUCACCAGCACAGCUCCAGACAUGUCCCCAGGACCAACAAUUUUCAACAGUGCGAUGGCCAGGACCAAGAUGAAACGCAUGAGGGAAUCAGCGGUGCAGAAGCUGGGCGCAGAGGUAUUUGAAGAAGUCUACGAUUACCUCAAGGGGGCCAGGCGGCAGAAUGCCAGCGAAGCCGAGAUCCACGCGGCCCUACAGAAAGUGGUGCCUCGGGCCAGCGAUUGUUUUGAAGUUGACCAGCUCCUCUACUUUGAGGAGCAGUUGCUGAUCACAAUGGGAGAAGGGCCCACACGCCAGAACCGUCACAAACAAUUGUCAAAAGCAAGCAAGUUCAAGGGGACAAAUUUCUGUGAAAAUCCAUUCAACACAUAAACUGGACUCUGUUACGGGAAAUGCGUACAUAGCUGGAGCUACCAUCUUUGCUUUCAACUUCUUAUCAAAAGGAAGGACCCCUUUAGAGAGUAGUAAACAUGUCUGCCUGUACUCAGAGUCCUGGGCCAGUCAGAGUUGUUUGGUUUAUACUCUGGGAUAAGCCUAGGGAUCAAGUUUGGCUUCCUGAAAAGCAUUCCCACACGCGAGUCCUCAGGGCUUCUGGGGGUUGGACCACCAUGACGAUGGCCUGGGAGAAGCCAUCUGCUCUUUCCCAUUUCCACUGGGAGGACAGGCUCACUGCCUGACUGCCUGGGGUCACCGUGCUCUGUGACCAGCCUGCUCCUGAAGGUCGUUGGCACUGGCCUCUGACACGGGUGACCUGUUUUUGGUCCACUUUUGCCCUUCCCUGGCUAACAAGCAAGAAGAGCAUAUAUACAAGGACCUGAACUGAAAAUCCAAAAAGUGAUUCCCUUCUGUGAUUUAUUCUCCAAACUCAUCCACGGAGUAUUGACGACUUUAUUCUUAAUAAAUGUA